AUGGAAAAGGAUGGUCGCUUCAGAUUGAGAUCAGCAUACAACCUUGUUGCUGGAGAUGAGGAUGAUGAACCUGGAAGCCGCUGGAAAGACCUCUGGCAAUGGAAGGGCCCUAACAGAAUCAAGCACUUCUUGUGGCUUGUUAUGCACGGCAGGCUACUCACUAACAAGGAAAGAACCAGAAGAAAGAUCUCCACCAACAGUCAAUGCAACUUCUGCAAGGACCAAGAUGAAACCAUCGAGCACAUUCUCAGAAGCUGCAGCAGAGCUAAGAGUAUUUGGGAUAAGUUUAAUGACAAAUGUGUGGCUAACAGCAUGAACCUUCCCCUGCAUGAUUGGCUGAUGGACAAUAUUAGGCAGCAAGGGACAGGUACUGACUUUGGCAUCAUAAUCUGGCACUUAUGGAAGCAACGAAAUGAGGAGGUGAUGGAAGGCAGGAUAUUCUCCAGGGACAGUUUAAUUGCUAGAAUUCAAGCGUGGUUCUGCAUUGUUGAACAAGCUAAACGUCACGCGCAGAAGACCACUUGUUCUAACUCUGCUACUGUCCAGAGCAGACUGGUUUGCUGGGAACCCCCCAGAGAAGACUGGAUCCAAAUUCAGUCUGAUGGAUCAGUUAUCACUCAGACAGGGAAAGCAGCAGCAGGGGGUCUCUUCAGAGACUAUUUGGGAAGAUGUAAAGGGGCUUAUGUCUGCAACUUGGGUUCAUGCUCUAUCACGGCUGCUGAACUCAAAGGUGCCUUGGAAGGCCUCAAGAUUGCUUGGAAGGAAGGUUACCGAAAGAUUGAGCUAAAACUUGAUUCUACUACUGCUGUUGACAUCAUCAAACAAUGUGACAGAGAUGAUCAUCGACAUGGAAGCAUAGCCAAGCAGUUCGAUUUGUUUUUUAAUCUUGAUUGGGAGGUUUGUGUUUCCCAUGUGUUUAGGGAAGCGAAUUUUGCAGCCGAUUACUUGGCUAGCAAGGCUCACGAUUUCGAUUUUGGCACACAUCGCUUCAAUGUGUGCGAUAGAGACCUUGUCCAAUGGCUCAGCCAUGAUGUUUUGGGAACUUCCCAUGAUCGUAAUUUUAAUGUAAACUAG